CUUUUCUCGCGAUAAGUUGCCCACGUUAUACUGGACUAAACAUAAAUACAGCCAAAGUCUGCUUGCUUGGAGAACUACUCUACCGGGAGACAUGAGUGUUGAACUCACAAAGGGAGCCGUUGAAGCACUGAUCAACAGCCCACAGGCGGACAGUGACAUCAUUCUGCAGUUGCUGAAUAUCCGUCAGCUUUCAAAUAGUUCUGGUCCUCCCCGGUUCCGGCUCUUCAUGAGUGAUGGCCAGCACUCUUCGCCUUCCUUCCUGUUGGCUACACAAAUGAACCAUCUGAAGGAAGACAACCUCCUGGAACCUAACUGUGUGUGUAUCGUGAAGAAGACCAUCAACAACACGUUGGCAGAUGGGAGGUGUGUGGUGGUUGUGCUGGAUAUGGAGAUACUGCAAUCGGCCGGGGAAACUGGAGGGAGGAUUGGGAAUCCCACUCUAUAUGAUGCAACUGGUAAGAAAUGCUCUCCGCAGAAGCCCAGCUCAGGUCCUUCUGUCCCGGCAUCCCCUCCGUCGGCAGCAGUACCCGGAUCCUCCAAUAAGAAAAACACCACCCUUUCUUCUCCACGAGGCCAUGAAAAACAUUUUGUGGGAAAGUCACCCAUGAAGACGUCCCCCGCGAAGGCCUCUAAUGCUUCUCCAAGUUCUUCGGCAAAAGUGAUGCCUAUUGCAAGUCUCAACCCCUACCAGAGCAAGUGGACUAUCAGAGCACGCGUCACCAACAAAUCCAGUAUCCGCACCUGGAGUAACUCGAGAGGAGAGGGCAAGCUCUUCUCCUUUGAGAUAGUGGAUGAGAGUGGAGAAAUCAAGAUCACAGCCUUCAACAAUGAAGUGGACAAGUUUUUCUCUCUAGUUGAGCAGGGCAAGGUGUACUUCAUCACCAAGGCCACGCUGAAGGUGGCCAACAGACAGUACACCACACUGAAGAACGACUAUGAGAUGACCCUCCAGGCACAUUCAUCCAUCGUGCCAUGUGACGACACUGGAGGCAUCCCCGCUGUGCUCUGUGACUUUGUGCCCAUCGCUGAGUUGGAGAACAGAGAAAAGGACACCGUCGUUGAUGUGAUUGGAGUGUGUAAGAGUGCGGAGGAUGUAUCUCGUAUCACCACCAAGACCAGCAGAGAAGUCUCCAAGAGGGCACUGCACCUGAUAGACCCCACUGGCAAAGAGGUUACAGCCACGCUGUGGGGAGAGGAGGCGGAGAAGUUUGACGGCUCUCAGCAGCCGGUGGUCGCGAUCAAAGGCGCUCGCUUGUCUGAUUUUGGAGGCCGAUCUCUCUCUGCUUUGUUCAGCUCAACAGUCAUGGUCAACCCAGACUUACCGGAGGCGUUUAGUCUGCGGGCCUGGUACGACCAGGGAGGCUAUGCGAUCGACUGCCAAUCACUGACGGAGACGAGGUCAGUGGGCAGCGGAGCGAAGACGAAUUGGAAAACGCUGAGUGACGUCAAGAGUGAACAGUUGGGACAAGGAGAGAAGGCGGACUACUUCACCUGUUUGGCAUCGGUGGUGUACAUUCGUAAGGAGAAUUGUCUGUACCGGGCGUGUCCGUCUGCAGAAUGCAAUAAGAAGGUGGUCGACCAGCAGAACGGACUCUACCGCUGCGAGAAGUGUAACCAAGAGUUCCCCAACUUCAAAUACAGACUCCUGCUCUCCGCCAACUUGGCGGACUUCGGGGAUAACCAGUGGGUGACUUGCUUCCAGGAGACAGCUGAGGUCCUGUUAGGUCACAGCGCAGAAACACUGGGACAGCUCAGAGACACCGACGAAACUGCAUUCGAGGAAGUCUUUCAGAAAACCAACUUCACAACUCACAUCUUCAGAAACCGAGUCAAGCUGGAGACGUAUAACGAUGAGAGUCGAGUGAAGGUAACCGUCAUGGAAGUCCUGCCCGUCGACCACAGGGAAUACAGCAGGCGACUCCUCAGUAACAUCCGUAAAUUGGCCAGCUGAAUGGAGUUCCAGUCAUCCAAACAGCUUUCUGGUGAUACUUUUUCUUUCUUUUUUUUCUUCGACUGGUCUCUAAAUGCCGCCCGGCUUUUCUCCCCCAUCGAGCAUAUCUGACAGAAGCAUCGGGGCGGUCAGUGAUUCAUCUGAAUAAAUGGCAGCCGAACAAAAGCUUGGUUCUUACUCCAACGUGCCAUUUAUGAGACACUGCAACACCGUUCAAAUUACAUGAAACUAUUUAAUUGUGUUGCCAUUUUAACAAAGAGCAUUAUUAUUAUUAUAUUACUUGAUAACACAUACCUGUGUUUGAGAUCAGCAAACAUUUUGAUUGUUUUUCAUGUAUCUUACAUGCUCCCACUUUUUUAUUUAGCUUUGCUUUUAAUACCAAUGAUUCAUCUUUUUUUUUUUAACUGUUUAAAAAAGAAUCACUGUUGGAUGAGUCAGAUUUGGUUAUAUCUUUCAUUGUUCCAUUUUAAGUAUUACA